AAUACAACAAAUCCAUUAUUAAUUUAAAAAAAAAUGGAGAGUGAACGUGAACAUGAAGGGUACAGAAGAGGUUAUUAUAGCGAAGCUAUAACAGAUUUAAAUACAACCCUUAAAGGGGUUACACAAGGUGGAGCUUUUAAAAAAACGAAACUCUUGUGGCAAGUUCGUACGGAACAUCAUGCCCCGAUUAUCCGAAGUCUUCACCCACCGAAAAAACGCAACUUUUUAGCCCCAGCUGAAAGAUGGAUGUGUUACGAAGAGGAAAGAUCACUUUGCUUUCCGGUGGAUACAUUCGAACCAAAAGUACAAAUGCAGCAUGAAAUAAUUCCAUUUCUUCUUCCACGAAAUGUGGCAAUCGAAAGAAAAAGAAGGCAAUAUCAAGAGAGAACAAUAAGAGAGUGUUUAUCAAAUUUAAAUGUAAAUUUAAGAAAAUUAAUUCCUUAUAACGUUUUAUGGGCUGCUGAAACUGUGGAAGGAAAAUAUGGUUUAUAUCCAAAAGUAAAUUAUUUGCCAUUAGAGCUUUUCGAUAAUGAAGAAUAUGAUGCUAGAACUCCUCAAGGUUGGUUAGAUCAUGGUCUUCUCGAUGGUUUUCGACAUCCCCUUCCCGGCGAAGCUUUCAUACCAGAAGAUAUUGAUCCGGAUGAAAAUAUACCCGAAAAGGAACGGCAUUUAAUGUACGAUUGGACAAACGUUGCCGUACUGGAUUAUAUUCGUGAUAAAAAACUUUGGAGUAUUUUAACAUUAGAUGGGAAACAAAGACCGUUUCAAGUACCCCGGAUUUACUUAAUGUUUAAAGCCGAGGAUCCGGAAAUAUUCGCUAAACGACUAAAAAGCGCCAUCGAUUUGAGGGAUUAUACGGAAGGUGUUAUUCGUUACGAAUUUUAUGUGGAUAGUAUUUGUUCGACUGGCACCUAUGAUAUUGAUGAUAAUACGUGGGACAAAAUUUAUAAUUCAGCCACAAGAGGAAAACAAAUUUUUAAAUCUGAUUAUGUAAUUGAA